AUGGAUUCAGGAGAUGGACUCUCUGUCUCUGCUGAGCCAGGACUGACUCAUGACAUGCUUGUAUCCUGCGCGUCGGUCCGGCCGAAAGCCUGCAAUCAAGUGACUGGGAGGUGCAAGGGAGGCGGUUUGGAGUCGCCUCCAACAAAUAAGCUCCACAUGUCUACUAUGGGAGGACGCAACAUUCUUCCAAAUCUUAUGGGACUAGCGUCCUGCAACCUGCCCACGGGUUUUAAAUUUUAUGCAAAGUACAGUAAUAGAAAAGAGUCUCCUGAUUCCGCAGGAGAGCCUGGUACGGUAGCGCCAGGUAGGACGGGGUUGCAGGAGUCAUAUAGGUUACCAAAACGGAAAAGGACUAGGAUGGCGAUCUGCACUUAUAACGCACGUACGCUUGCAUCGGAAACGGCCAUCGAAGAUCUGAUGAUGCAAGCCAAGAAGAUCAAGUACGACGUCAUCGGACUGACCGAAACGAGACCACGUCACCCGAUAGACAUAGCAUUCGGGUAUAUUCGUUUCGCUGAACGUGAAUAG